UGGGCACUUCUCUGAGUGGUGUGUUGAGAGCCAUUCCCAGAAUGUGCCAGGUGCUGUAGCCAAGGCCGAGGACCAUGGUUUGAAGCCAGCCUGGGCAAAAAGUUCUUGGGAUCUCAUCUCAAUAAGUAAGCCGGGUGACGGUGGGCGUCUGUGGUUCCAGGUAUGUGUGAAGCCCUAGGUGGAGGGUCUUGAUGUGAGGCCAGCUUCAGACCCAGUCUGAAAAAUAACCAAAGUGAAAAAGGGCUAAAGGCAUGGCCACCUGCGUGAAGCCUGAGGCCCCGAGUUCAAACCCAGUACCUCAAAAAAGGAAAGGAAGGAAAAGGACUUUGUGGAAUGCUGUGGACACUGGAGCACCCGGCCGCAGCCGCACGAAUUCACAGAUGGAUUCGCUGGAGAAGACGACACACAGAAGCGAGCAGAAGUCAAGAAAGUUCUUGAAAAGCCUCAUCCGGAAGCAGCCCCAGGAGCUGCUCCUGGUCAUCGGGACGGGCGUCAGCGCCGCUGUGGCCCCCGGCAUCCCCGCGCUCUGCUCCUGGAGGAGCUGCAUCGAGGCCGUCAUCGAGGCCGCCGAGCAGCUGGAGGUGCUGCACCCUGGGGACGUGGCUGAGUUCCGCCGGAAGGUGAUGAAGGACCGGGACCUGCUGGUCGUGGCCCACGACCUCAUCCGGAAGAUGUCGCCUCGCACAGGGGACGCCAAGCCCAACUUCUUCCAAGACUGCCUGAUGGAGGUGUUCGACAGCCUGGAGCAGCACAUCCAGCAGCCCGCGGUGCUGCACUCCAUCCUCAGCCUGAUGGACAGGGGUACCAUGGUGCUGACGACCAACUACGACAACCUGCUGGAGAUCUUCGGGCAGCAGCAGAACAAGCCCAUGGAGUCGCUGGACUUGAAGGACAAGUCAAAGGUUCUCCAGUGGGCCAGAGGCCACAUCAAGUAUGGGGUUCUGCACAUCCACGGCCUCUACACCGACCCCUGCGGCAUGGUCCUGGAUCCCUCGGGGUACAAAGACAUCACUCAGGACCCGGAAGUCAUGGAGGUCCUGCAGGACCUGUACCGCACCAAGUCCUUCCUCUUCGUGGGCUGCGGGGAGACGCUGCGUGACCAGAUAUUCCAGGCGCUCUUCCUCUACUCGGUGCCAAAUAAGGUAGACCUGGAGCACUUCAUGCUGGUGCUCAAGGAGCAGGAGGACCACUUCUUCAAGCACCAGGCCGACAUGCUUUUGCACGGGAUUAAAGUGGUGUCGUAUGGGGACCAUUUUGACCACUUCCCAGGAUACGUGCAGGACCUGGCCGCCCAGCUCUGCAAACAGCGGAGUCCUGAUGCUGAGCGAGUGGACAGCACUACAUUGCUAGGUAACGCGUGUCAGGACUGUGCAAAGAGGAAGAUGGGAAAGAAUGGAAUGGAAGUUUCAAAAAAACCCAGAUCAUCAGAUACUGAUGAUGCUGGAGGGUCUUGAAAUCUUUAAAGCCAUGAAGAGCCUGCAACGUGAAGCCGCCUUCCGCAACCACAGUGCAGGAAUUCCCGCCGCCGUGGCUCUCACCUUCACCCCAGCACUCACCGCGGGGCCCGCAGAGCUGCACGGUGCCUGAU